AUGACCACAGACUCAGCAUUCUACAACCUCUUCCAAAUUCAGAAGAAGGUUGAAACUCGAGAUUCAUUCCAGCUCAGAGACCGGAAUUUUACGAUCAGGCAUUUCGCAAUGAAGGAGUAUUCGGCGCAAGAGUGGCUCCCAUCCGCAUCCGGGCUUGGCGAGAGCCCGUUGUACCGCGCCAGUGACCAGACAUUUUUCUUCGUCGACAUCAAGAACCGACUUGUGCACGAGAUACCGGAAUCGGAGGGAUGGAGGCAACGGAAGACUUACGAGUUCGAUCAGCCCAUCACGAGACUGGAGGUUGUUGCAAACCGCACGGACGUCCUUGCUGUGCAGACGAGAUUCGGCCUCGCCCUGCUAUCACUGCAAACUGGGACCCUGAAAGAUAUCGCAACCCUCCAGCACAGCGACAAGGGCCUGGACUCAAAGGUGCGAAUGAAUGACGGUGCAGUAGAUUCGAAGGGGCGAUGGUGGGCAGGAUCCAUGGCGUUAGACGAGGAGGAUCCGAUCGGCCGGCUGUGGUGCAUGGACGAAGGUCCCGGCGAGGCCAGGACGGCAUCUGUGCGGGAGCUGGACAAUCUCCUGGAGACGCCCGUGCCAAACGGGCCCGUCUUCUCACCAGACGACAAGAUCAUGUACGCGAGCGAGACUCCCCAAGGAAAGAUAUUCCACUAUGAUUACGAUACGAAGGAUGGUACCGUUUCAAACAAGCGACUUUUUGUCCAAAUAGAGAAUGGCGGGAUGCCGGAUGGCAUGGCUGUCGACGUGGAGGGACACGUCUGGGUGGCGGCCAACUCUCAGGGGAAGCUAGUGCGGUACUCCCCAGGCGGCGAGGCUGUGGCAACGUGCGCGGUGCCCGGGGCGAAGAUGACCUCGUGUCCUGCUUUCGGCGGAGAGGACCUCAAGACCCUGUUCAUCACGUCCAUUGCGGCUGGAGGAUCUACGGGCCAUGUUUACAAGGUCAAGGUCGAUGUACCGGGGAUCCGCCGUCACGAAUACGAGGCCUAG